AUGGCUCCCACGCACAUCUUCCACCCUCUAGCAAACCCUGGGCCAGCGGAAGGCCACGACAAUGGGCUCGCGCUGACGGCGCUGUUUCGCGAGUCCGGGCCGGGUACGACGAUCCUCUUGCUGCCGGCGACGACGUACCCGCUUUACUCGACGGUCGACUUUAUCCACCCUCGCACAACGCUCGCGACGUUGGGCUACCCCGAAUUUCAGACGGGGCAACAGGCCGUACUCGAAACCCGCAGCGAAAAGGAGGCCGGCGCGAUCAACAUGUACAACAAGGCCGAGACGAGUUUGAAGCGCGUCCACCUGCGCGGCUGCCGAGGCUGGGGCAGGGGCGUGCCCACGGACGAAGAAAAGGAAAAGUGGAAGAAGGAGGGUCGACUCGGGUGGAUCGAAGGUGGUGGAGCCAUGGUGUGGAUGGGGGGGCCCGACAGUCACGAUUCCAUCGUCGAAGGUGAGCGAGCUAACGCCGAGCGCCGAGCAAACUCGCUGAGCAGCCCAGCCGAUUUUUUUGCUCCGAACUUCUACACUCCGCACAAGGUUGCCGCCUCGAGGAUCCUCGUGGUUGGACCGCGGUAAGCCUUUAUCAGCAGAGACUCGUUUUACUCUGGUGCACAACUAUAACCGAACUCUGCUUUUCCCCAUCGGCCACUAGGUCCACCUUUGCGAUUGGGCACUGCGCGCCAAGUUGCUCAACAACAUUGUCGGUCCCUGCGGCCAGGAAGGUGAGAAUCGAGUAUGUCCGAGCUCUUUCCGAUUAUUUGACUUUAACAAGUUGUCGUUCAUAUUCAGCCCCCGCGGGCCCCUGGGCCGAUGGUCUGAGCGUCGCCGGCAAAGAUUCUGUCGUUGUGAGUUGCGUGGGCGACUGGGCGACCCUUGAUCAAGUCUCGCAUGCACUAACCUGGACCCGUUUGUUCUCCUCAGUCGGGCAACACCAUUGUAAGUACCAUCUAUGGCUCAUUCACUAUCCACACAGCUCAUCAGUUCUUGACUGCGUUCCGGCCACAGAUCGACGCGACGGAUGGAGCGAUCGUCGUCUUUUGCGCCCCUGGCUCGACCAUUUCGGACAACACCAUCAUCGCGCGUACGCGUGACCUGCUCGGAGCGAUCAACAUGUACGUUCUGCUUCUCGCGUGGCGGUGGAAAUGCCGGCACACGUCUCCUGACACUUUAAACACAGGGUUGACGAUUUUCCGUACAACCGCGACUUUUCCAACACGCGCGUUGUCGGCAACACGAUCCGCACCGAGGGGGCCUACAUCCGCCUCGCGAUUGGGUGCGGGCCGACGUGCUGGUCCCCCUGGCAGACCUUUCACCAAAUCAACUACGGCGGCUACGUGCAAAAUAACUACCUGGGACCGGGGAGGAUGGGGUACGGCGUUGCGCUCUCGGGGACCAAAGACUGGACCGUGCUCGGCAACGUCGUGCUGCCCGACACCAAGUUCGUCGGCGACGUCGCGAAGGCGUCGGGGAACGCACCGCCAUGCUCCUUUCUCGUGCAGUGGGAAGACCGCGAGCGCACGAUCAACAGCGACCUCCAGGACGGGUUUCUCCACGGCGAGGCCGUAUACCUCAUCGGGAUUGAGGACGGCGCAAGCGAAUUUUAUAAGUUCGAGGGCGGCCAAGUCCGGCUCGACGCCGAAGGGGUCAGCGCGAUGGGUGAAGGCGGGAUUGUCGUCAAGGGUGGUCGGCUGGAGCUUCAACCCGGGGGUGAGCUGGUGAUCCGAAAGACAACAGAGGGUCACGAACAUGAAGGCAAGGUCGGGCACGGGGCGGUUCUUUGGAGCAGCGGAGCCCCCUCGUCGCCGCACCACGACCCCGUCCUCUCCUUCGACCUCGACGGCGUGUUCUCCGUGCGAGGCGAGGGCGGCCACGGCGACGUCGUGUGGAACCCGACGUCGUAUCUUCAAGCGCACCUCGACAGACUCGCUUCGUUGCCGCCGCUCAAGACGAAACCAGCCCGAGCGACCCCUGCGGAUCCAAAUGUCCCCGAUCCCAACAAAUGGGCCGGCCACCCUUCGUUCGUGCUCCGCGGCCAUCAGCCCUUCCUCCAGGUGCGCACUAAGGACGACAACGUCCUCUUCUCAACGUCGUAUGAGUACGAGACCACCGAAAAUUGGUCCAUGCAGGACGGCAAGUGGAUCGCCGUUGCCCCACCCCACCUCCGCGGCGUGCAACCCUCUUCCGAUGCCGCCUCGGCUUCAGAGGGCACCUGCGCGGGACCGCCGGCGAUCCCACCCCGCCCCGAGCAAACGUCGACGGCCCACGGUCACCACCCCUUCCGGGCCUUCGUCAAGGACCUCGCUUCCGAUCUCGUGCAGGCGACUCACUCGGGUUCGAACCCGAACGUGCACCCCGCUGGGCGUCCAGCGAUCCCACCCCGUCCCGAUGCGAUCACGUUGACCAAACCCGACGGUCCCGUCAAGCCCCUGUUCUUGUUCCUCAACCCCGUCACGGCGCAGCUCACGCUGCACUCGUCCUCUUCCCCCGCGCAUCCCGAGCCGGAGCACAUUCACUGGGUCGCGCCUCAGAACCCCGUCGAAGGCGGAAUCGACAUGUGUUGGGUCGGCUUCCAGUACGAUGGCAACCUCGUCAUUUGUAAGUUUGUAAAGGGACGCCCUGGACCAUUUUUGCACUCGUACUGACAGUGUCUGAAUUAUCGCUUUGUGAAUACAGAUGCGAAGCGAGGCGAGGACGUGUCGGUCCCUUGGGCCUCGGGCACGAAUGCAGACAAGAUGGUGCUCCGAGGCCACGGCGACCCCAACGGACCCGCGCUCGAGUUGCUCGACAAGCAAGGUAUGAUGAUCUGGACCAGUCGGUCGUAG